AUGUUCUCAAGUUGCCUCCUCGCCUUCGCAGUUUUCUCUCUACGCGUCGCUUUGGCCGCACCAAUCGGCGAGGCGGCGCCUACUGAAGGAGUGCCCACCGAAGGAGCACCUGCCAUCAUCAAGCCCGCCUUGCCUCCCCUCGAGUCGUUCCUGGCCGUUCGCCACUCAUUCUUGACCACUCGGAACCAAAGCAACUCGCUAGCGAGCGAAAGUGACCCUGGCUUCGGCCCCAACCACGUCCUUACCCCAGGCUUCGAGAACCACCUUGGCCUAGGACCCGUGCUCCUAGACCGCCACAACCGAGACCAGGGAGCGGAGGGCUACAACGAUAGCCAAGCCGGCGACGGACAUGUCUUCGACCCGAGUAUCGUUCAUCACUUCGGGCCAGGACCUGUCAUCAUUCAGCGUUACGACGGCGAUGUUGAUGGCGCCGAGGGAUACGACGACAGCGAGGCUGGCGAUGGUCAUGUCUUCGACCCGAGCAUCGUGAACCACCUCGGACCUGGGCCCGUAGUUCUCGAGGGUGGCCUUCUACCUAUUAGCUCAGAGCCCGUGUAG